GUUCUGUGAAACUAACAACUAACCACAGCAUAACCACAGUUUUGAAUAUUUUGAUAUUUUUAAUGCCACAAGAAAAUGAACCUAGAGUCGUACAAAAUAAUAUGUACAGAUUAUCCUUCAGAAUUUAUUUUGGACAAAAACUUGGCUAAAGUGUAUUUCAAGCAAUUCGGAAAACUUAAAAGAGUUACUUUUAAACCGAAGUUAAGAAUAUGUACAGUUGAAUACGCAAAUGAAGAAGGAUAUUUAGAGGCUCUAAGCAAUGCUGGGAAAUACAAAGGUACUACUUUUACCGUCACCACUUCCAUAGAAAAAAUGAAGACUGAAAAAAAGUUGGACAAGAGGAAGGAAACAGUAUGGGUGGACAAAGAUGAAAUAGAAGCUGAAUUAGAAGCAAUGUCAGGACAAGCACCGAAAGAGUAUAAACACUUGGAAGGUAAUGGCAGUCACAUACGAGAUUUAAAAUUUGAAAAAACGCCAAAACUUAAGAGAUCUUGGAAAAGCGAUAUGCCAACUAAAUCAAAACAAGUUGUCAAACAUCUUAAAAGUAUUCCUAAUAAUCGGAUAUCUGGAGAAGAACUUGAUCUCAUCAAUCUAGUCCUGUCUCAAGCAAUAACAAUUGACGAUAAAUAUAGAAUACUUGAUGCUAGAGAUAAAUUAAUAAAGUUAAAAUUAAAAAAAAAUCUGACUGUUAAGUCUGGAUCAACAGUUGGAAUUUGUCCAGAUAUGUGCCCAGAGAAGGAAAGAUUGUUUCGUGAAAUUAAACAUCAAGUGGCUUGGUAUGAGCAAGAUAAUGAUAAGAAUAUGAAUCAUAACAGAGCAGUGAAACAGUAUUCUAGAAGUUCUGCAGACCAAGAAGCUCCUUUAGCUCACGAAUUGAGACCUGUAACUGUACUUCAAAUGACUAUGGGUUACCUACUACAUAAUAUCAUUGAUCUCUGUGAUACAGAUGAGGUACAUAUUGGGGAAUGGUAUUACUUUCUUUGGGAUCGUACCAGAGGUAUACGAAAAGAUAUCACACAACAAGAAUUAUGCAGCCAAGGAGCUGUUGAGUUAGUUGAACAAUGUGCAAGAUUUCAUAUUCAUUGUUCUGCAAGGCUUGUAGCAGAGGAUCCAUCAGUUUUUGAUCAAAAAAUUAACACUGAAAAUUUAACAAAGUGUCUACAAACUUUGAAAUACAUGUACCACGAUUUGUUGCUCAAAGGGGAAAGUUGUGAAAAUGAGGCAGAAUUUAGAGCUUAUAUAAUAUUACUUAAUUUAAAUGAUGGGAACUUUAUGUGGGAGGUUCAGCAGUUACGCCCAGAAAUUCAGAAAUCUAGAGAAGUGAGAUUUGCUCUUCAAGUACAUUCUGCUAUAGAUAAAAAUAAUUAUGUGCAGUUUUUUAAAUUAGUUCACUUAACAACAUACUUAAAUGCAUGUAUUUUAAUGAGAUAUUUUGUUCAAGUUCGUAUCAUGGCUCUAAAAACUCUCUUAAAAUGUUACAUACCAAGAGCGUCCAAGACAGCUUAUCCAUUGGUUGAACUUCAAUCUAUUUUAGCCUUUGAUGAUAUAGAGUUGACAUCAGAUUUUUUACAGUAUUAUGGACUAAACAUAAAUGAAGAAUGCACUCGAGUAAUUUUGGAUAAGAACAAUUUUUUUUCACCAGAAUUUCCAUAUAUUCUAGAUAGGUCCACGAUUGUAGAAGAUAAAAGAACAUUUUCUAUUGGAAGAUUAAUAUGUGGAGCAGAUUUACCACCAAAAUCUUACUUAAUUCAUAAAGUGCACAACAGCUUUGAUAACAAAGGCUAUUUAAUCAACAAAGAUAUUGUAGAUGAAUUAGAUUUAGAAAAAGUUAAACUUAAAUUACUUGAAGAACUUAACAAAUCUAAAGUAGAAACAAUUGACACUGGAAUAAAAGAGUUAAAAAAUACAUCAUUUACAUUUGGUCAAAAAGAGAAAGUCAAUCAAAUUGUUUUUACUGAAAAAGAACAAAUUACUAAUCCUUUUGCUUUAACCACUAAGCAAUCUGGUAGUAUUUUUGCUACAAAAGAAAUUGCUCCAUUUGAAACAAGAAGUAUUUUUUCUUCUCCUAAGUUUACAUUUCAAUCACCAGCUCAAUCUCAUAGUACCUCCGGAGAUCAGCCUGAUUUUGUUUCUAAAAAUAAAGAUAUAUUUCCUGCUAUUCCUAAGCCAAUUGAAGAUAAAAAGGGAGGCUUUGCAUUUGACCUAAUUCAACCUAUUGUUACUACUAACAAUACUGAAUCACCUAAAUUUCCUAUAACGUCUAUUGUGUCAAAAUUACCACAAAUAGAAAAAGAUUUAGAAAAGAAAAUGAGACAUGCAGAAAUACAGAAAAGAGUUGAAGAAGAGAAACUAAAAUUGAUAGAACAGAAGAAGGUGGAAUUAAAAACACAGGAGGAGCAAAAUAAAAUACUAGCAGCAAAAUUAGAAGAAGAAAGGAGGCAGAAGGAAUUCAAGAAAAAAAGACAAGAAGUACUAUUACAAAAAAGGUUAGAAGAAAUGCGGAACGAAGAGGAACAACUAAAAGUAAAAAAAAUUAAUAAUACCGUAAAAAAUGUUUUAAAUUCUUUGGUAGACCAAGUAGAAAAUAAAAUUCGAGAAGAAAAAUUGUACGAAAUUAAUGAAAAAAUACAAAGAAGAAAACUAAUAAAAAUUAUAGCAAAAUGGAGAUUUAAUGUCUCAAAGAAUAAAAGGAAGAGAAAAGCUAUAGAUUGUAGUCCUAUCUGGAUUAAUAAAAAAACUCUAGAGCAAUCAGCGAAAGAAUUACACACUUCUUCCCAAAAAUUAACCUUAAAUUUAAUGAAAAGAUAUAAAUAUGGCAAAUCUCUAGAUAUUGGACAGUUACUGGAUGAACAAAUUGAAAUUGUCAAUAUUUACCAAUUAACAUACUCCACAUUAAAAAACAGGACAUUCGAAUUAUUAGUUAAUAAACCAAAAAAUAUUUUUUGGAAAGUACUUAUUAGCCUACCAGAUAAAAGUGAGUUAGUAAAUGGUUUAAAUAGAAUACAGGAAACAAUGGACAGUGCUUUUCCAUGGAAAAAAAUUAAUGAACAAAUGUUGUAUUUAGAACACAUUAAACCUAAUGCAUUAGAAUCUGUUAUCUAUUGUGUAGAAAAACAACAGGGUUAUAAUGUAAAACACUUUGAUUCAAAUGGCAUUAUUUUCAUAGCUAAAAAUUUCAAUGCCAAUCUUCAAAGAAGAAUUUUUGAAAACCUUAAAGGUUUUGGCGUUUACACGAAAAUACCAAUUGUUAUAAUUCUUCAGGAAUAUAACCAAAAAGAUUGCAAAUUGCAAGAGUUAAUCAAAGAAAAUAUAGUUUCCAAUUAUAUUAUACUCAUCGAAAAUGUUUCUGGAGUUAAAUUAUUAAGCUUAGUGGAACAAGGUUUAGUAUUUUUAGCAAAACAUAUUGAAAGAGGUCCUUACUUAGAAUUGGACACUUUGAAAUCGUUUAUGACAAAAUAUCUAUGUUCAGAAAUUUGGAAACGAGCCAACAGUUUUGCAAAAUGGAAUUCAGACUAUAAAAAAUGUCUUCAAAAUCCGAACAUAGUUUUAAGUUUAUAUAAUGAAGGUUUGAAUAAACUUAAUUCGAUAAUCUUAAAUGGAUCUAAUAAGGAAUAUGCGGUAUUUCCUGAAGAGUUUAAAAAAUAUUUGAAUAGUGAAACUCCUGAUUUUCUCCCUUGUUCUUAUAGUUACUUCCCAAACUUCUGGAACUCUAAGAGCUAUUUAAAUAAAUUGGAGGAUAUUUUAAAAACAUUUAAUUUACCUUAUUGGAAUGAUGUUUGGCCACCUAUUAAUCAAAAUGAAUUAGAAAUAAGUGUGUUUAAAUAUUGUUCAAAAAUAACUAAAGAACCUGAAAAACUUUUUUAUAAAGCCAUGAGCAUAUUUUUACGAAAUAUAGACCCUUCUAUUAAUUUUAAAAAUAUUCAGUAUAUUUUAUGGACUGACAUUGUUGAACUGUUUGGAUUAGAAAAAUUAUCUAAUGAAAACCUUAAUCUAUCUGGCAUAUUUAAUUCUCAAACUAUUUUUAAGGAAUACUUUGUAGUUUAUGACUUAAACAUACUUAACAAAUAUCGAUUUUCGGAUUGGUUUUACAUAUAUAAUCCAAUUAUAAAAAAAUUCCUUGCAAAAGAGCUCGAAAAAAAUCCAAUCAAAGAAGUUAAAAAAGCGAAGGAGGAAGAUAUAACUCAGAAUUUUAAACUGACUGAUGAUUUUAUUGCUUCAAUUAGAAAUAAUUAUUUGUUGAAUAAACCUGAUAAAUCAGGCAUGUUAAAAGAGCUCAGUCAAUUGAAGGAAUCGAUUAAGGAUUUAACUACUGCAGUGGCUAUUCAUAAAAAAAUUUCUUCCACGUUAGAAGUAAGUUUGAGUACAGCUAUUGCAGAAAAAUAGUGUCAAUUCUAUAAAUAUUCAUAACACUAAUCUCGAAGUAAAUAAUUUUUGGCUAAAAUCGUUUGAAUCGCCUCUGUAUGAUACACGUUCUUGAUUGUAGUAAAAAUUAAUAGCUUCUGAACUUUAUUAUUAAUCUAAGAUCCAAAGUAAGGUCGAUUUUCGCCCAUCUGUUUAACAGAUGAGAGUUAUUUUUUUAUUAAAUAAAAUGUUUAUAAAUAUACCGCAAAUACUGUCACUACUAUUUUAUUUCCUUAAAGUAAAAAAAAGUUACCCUAUAAAGUAUUCCCCAGAUGCUUCGACUAUGCCCAAAAUUUAAUCAGCUCACCGCAGGAUGAAUUAAAGUUUAACAUUUAGUGUUUUUCUCUUUAUCGGUUUUUGAGUAAUAUUUAAAAUUUGCACUUUUCCUCAAAUAUCUCGAAUGCGGUCAAUUUUAGGGAAAUCAUGUAUUGGGCCAAAAUUAUAGAGAAUGACAUCACAAGCAACUUUUAUCAUAAUUCCUAUACUAUCCUUAUCUGUAUACAGAAAGGAAAGUAAAAAAUAGCCGUGGCAGUAUUUGUUUAGGCAACCCAUUUGCGGUAUAUUUAUGAAUAUAUUUUAUUUAAAAAAAAACUUUUAUCCUUUAAACAAAUGGGUGAAGGUCGACCUUACUUCGGAUCUUGUACUAUGUUUGAAUGUUUUUAUUGUAAUUUAGCAUUUUUAAGAUAAUAAAAAAUUUGUUUUUCAAA